UGUUCAAUUUUCACGGCAAGCAGUUCGUUCGUGCGCGUCGCUGCUGCAAUCAAUUAAUUGAAAACAAGAUCGGGGUAAAUAACUUUGGUAAAUGAUCAAAGCGUGCGCCGCCACAAAGCCAAUACGAAUCGGUUUCCGUGCGCCAAUUGCAAGUGCGCUGCUCAAAUCCACAGAAAUUCUUGCGUGCGAGCGACGGAGAUAGCGUGUGUGAACAUAAAAUCACGGCAAUAACAAAAAAACGAAAAUAAAAAAAAUAAAAACAUACAUAUGCUUGUGGCAACGAUUAAAACGCCAACGAGCCUUUGUUUAAUGCGCCUGAUAAGUGAAGAAAUCGCGGUUUUAGAACAAAACUGAGAGAGGCAGCAAACAAAGUAGCAACAAAUAGGCCCCCCCGCCUCCGUCUCUCUACGCCAUCGAAAAUCACGCAUUACGUCCACUGUUGUUGUUCUCGUCAAUGAGUGCGCGGGUGUGCGUGCACGUGUAUGCGUGUGUGUGAGCUUGCCGCCACCGCAAUUGAGGAAAAAUACACCAAUACAUGGGCGGCAAAUAAAAAUAAGCUGUGCAUGUGUGCGUAUGCGCGCAGUGACGUCGCCGUUUAGAAUCGAACGUGUUAAAGUGACGAAUAAACAACAAGCGGGAUUCAGAUUUGGAUUUGGACUCUCGGAAUAGCAAUAGGAAUCAGAAUCGGAAUCGGGAAUCAUCAUCAACAUCAUCGACGCAAGAGAUAGACAAACAAAACAGACAGCCAAACAUUUGUACAUUUCCUUCGCACAUCGCCGCAAAUGUGUGUAUAUGCGCGACGUACGUAAUAGUUUGCCGCCGCAGACAUUAGGGCUCUGUUCUGUCUCUCUCGCUAGCUGUCCCUCUCUUUCGCUCACGCCCGCUUGUUUACACAAACGCCCACACCCCCCGCCCACCGUUCACCGUUCGCCGUCACUUUGAAUAGGAACUAUGCAAGGAAUACCAGAAUGCUUGGCUGGCGAAAGGGACUUUCCAACACUGGCCGAGGGCGAGUGAUGUUCACUGGAAAUAACGGCGCUUUCUUACCGCCGCUUGAAACUCAACGAAUUUAACAAAAGUCGCAAAAUGCACGUUUCAGCCAUAAAAGGCCGACAGCCGCCGAGGGAGUCAAAUGAUGAUAGCCCUAUGGUCAUUACUAAUUAUCGAAUCUGCGACAUCAAAACGAGUGGCAAUGGCAAAUAUUUAAUGUCGUGGAGUCGGCGUCGGCGGCGCAACAACAACAACAACAGCAGCAGCAGCAAAAACAAUGCGGCAUCUGAAAGUCGCAGUAAUGAUAAUUGCAAUUAUUCUACAACCAAUGAUUUCAAUAAAAUCAAUAAAUUGCUGCUAAUUACGUACAUGCUGCUGAUAACAGCGGCCACAAUUUGUCAAAGCGCCGCCCAGUCGCCGUCAUCAUCGAAUGCCGGUGGAGUUGGAGGAUCCGGUUCCACUGGGGGAUCCCCCCUGAGUGCGCUGCUCAAAUCCGGUGGCGCCUCCUACAAUCAACAGUUGCCGCAACAGCAGCUCUUCGCCAUGCUGACCAGGAAUGGAGGUGGAUCGUCGGGCCCAGGAUCGAGUGGCGGCAACAAAGGCUACACCAGCGCCAGGCAGCACUUCAUGGCCCUCAGCGAGGAUUACUCGGAUGCGGAUGUGGACGAGGAGGAUAUGGCUGCAUUGCACUACCCGCUGUCUGCCUCACAUCCACCGGCUGGCGUUCAGGGAUCCUCCUCCUCCUCCGGCAUUUCCAUACAAUCCGGCUCGUUGGAGACAAACGGCUUCGUGGCCGACGAUGGUGGACAGUACGAGCAUGCCCAGAAAGCACUGGAGGCUGCUGCGGCGGCGGCCAAGGCCAGUAAUAAGUACAACAUCGACUGCCCCAAGGACUGCAAGUGCCUCAAUGUUCUCUUCGACUGCGAUAAGCUGCAUCUGGAACGGGUGCCCGUCUUGCCCAGCUACGUGCAAACUUUGCAUCUGGCUAACAACAAACUGAACGACACCAGCGUCCUGGAGAUACGUAAUCUGUUGAAUUUGACAAAAGUUUCAUUAAAACGAAAUUUAUUGGAGGUAAUCCCGAAAUUCGUGGGCCUCAGCGGUCUGAAGCACCUGGUAUUGGCCAACAACCAUAUUACCAGCAUCUCCAGCGAGGCGCUGGCAGCUUUGCCACUGCUGAGAACGCUGGAUCUGUCCAGGAAUCAGCUGCACACCAUCGAGCUUAACUCUUUUCCGAAGUCAAAUAACCUUGUUCACUUAAUACUCAGUUUUAACGAGAUAACCAAUGUGAAUGAGCACUCGUUUGCGACUCUAAACAACCUAACAGACCUGGAGCUGAGUAAUAAUCGCCUAAGCACUCUGCCCAUAAGGGUGUUCAAAAAUCUGAACCAACUGAAAAAGCUAGCUCUCAACUUUAACCAACUGGAGAUCAACUGGUCCACGUUCCGUGGCCUGGAGUCGAUGAAAAAUCUUCAACUGAAGUCCAACAAAAUCCGAGCGCUGCAGGACGGCGUCUUCUAUGUGAUGCAUAAAAUCGAGACCAUUGAUCUGGCCAUGAACCAGAUCAGUUCCCUUUCACGCCAGGGUCUCUUCAAUCUGACAAAGUUGCGCCACCUCAACCUGUCGUUUAAUGCCAUUUCACGCAUUGAGGUUGACACUUGGGAGUUCACUCAGUCGCUGGAAGUGCUGGAUCUGUCGAACAAUGCAAUCAACGAGUUCAAGCCACAGCAUUUGGACUGCCUACAUCGCCUGAAAACGCUCAAUCUAGCGCACAACCGAUUGCAAUAUCUGCAGGAAAACACCUUUGAUUGUGUGAAGAAUCUUGAGGAGUUGAACCUGCGGCGCAAUCGUCUGUCCUGGAUCAUCGAGGAUCAGAGUGCGGCGGCUCCGUUCAAAGCGCUCCGAAAAUUGCGACGCCUGGACUUGCAUGGCAAUAACCUAAAGCAGAUCAGCACUAAGGCGAUGAGUGGUCUCAACAACCUGGAGAUACUCAAUCUCGGUUCCAAUGCCCUGGCCAGCAUUCAGGUCAAUGCUUUUGAGCACAUGCUUCGCCUAAAUAAAUUGGUUUUUAAAUCGCUGAACUUCAUCUGCGACUGCGAUUUGAUCUGGUUCCAACAGUGGCUGAAGAAUCGUUUUCCCCAGCAGGCCGAGCACGCGGUGUGUGGCUAUCCGGAGCAUCUACUAGAUCGGCAUCUAAAGUCACUGAGCAGUUCGGAGUUGGUGUGCGUGGACUCCCCGAAACCGAGAGUGGAACAAGAACCGGACGACAUGCUGGCCGUGAAUGGAGCUAACAUCACUCUAGAAUGCAUUGCCAGUUCUCCGACAGCGGCCUCACUGGCCGCCGCCGAUGAGCUGAAGAUCAAAUGGCGCCACGACAAUCAGCAUGUCCAGGAGCGACCGGCUGUGCACGACGGUUCUAGCACGGAAACGCAGAUCCGCCAUGAUCUGAGCACCAAUCAGACCUCCAUCUAUGGCUAUCUGCGUCUCACGAAUGUGACCUAUGAAAGCGCUGGACGCUAUCAGUGCGUGGUAUCGAAUGCCUUUGGAACCACCUAUGCACAGAAGUUUAAGAUAUCUAUAGGAAUUCAUCCCACCUUUUUGCAAGUGCCGUCGAAUCUAACGUUGGACGCUGGCGAAAUGGCUCGAUUGGUCUGCUCGGCGAGCGGCGAUCCCACACCUGAAAUAGCGCUGCAAAAGUUCGGCGGCAGUGAGUUUCCAGCGGCAACCGAGCGUCGGCUGCAAGUGAUCCGCGAGGAGAACGCGUUUUUGAUAACCAACGCUAAGCCCAGCGAUUCUGGAAUUUACACGUGCACAGCGUUAAGUGCUGCGGGCGAGAUUAAGGUCAAUGCAACGCUGGUGGUAAAUGACAAACCGCAGCCUAGCAUUCCCUUGGUGCACCAGGAGGUGGUUGUGGGCCGCACAUGUGUAUUGCAGUGUCUUAGCGAAACGGCCAAUGCUGAUUUUGAGCUAGAACAUCCGCACCGCGAGUGGUUUAAGGAGAACAAACCGAUACACAUUUCGCCAACAGCUCCGGACGGCGAUCGUUACUAUUUUUCCAACAACAAGGAACUGCUUGUGAUCCUGAAUGCUCAGUCCAACGAUGCUGGACACUUUCGCUGUGAGAUAACGGACAACUCGCGAACGUUUACGCUGCAGUCGGAGCUGGUAGUGGUCAAGGAGAACCUUAACUGGGACGUCUUGCUGAUGGGCAUAAUCACAGUAACCGUCAUCUGUGUGGUGGUGGACUGCUGCAUCAUUUGGUGCACUCUGCGCUAUCAGAAAAAGAAACUACGCAUGAGCCUGGCUGCCGAGAGGCUGGCGGCUCGUACGCACGCUAGUCUACAUUCUACUCUCGACAAGGAUCAGACGCAGCUGACUACGCUUAAUCGUACGCAGCUUAGACCACACCAAUCGCAGCUGGUCCUAGACGGACUUCCCACGCAGCAGCAAACGCAGUUACGCCCACGAAGCCCUGCGGACUUGGACAAUGGCGAGGCGAACCACAGUCGCCUCAUCGUGACGACAACGCCCUCCUACGAACAGCGCUGCCUGGAGCAGGGACUGACCCUAAGCUAUCUGCUUCAGACGGUCGCGGAGACCCAGCAGGAUCAUUUGUCCAGCAAGGACUCGGGCACCGGUUCGGAUUCGGCUGUGAAACGCAGUCUGGAGGACUUUGCGGUGGCCAUGCCCAGUCAUAAGCAUCACACCGACGACGAGCAGGAGGAGGUGGAGGUGGAUGGAGAAAACGACCUACAGUACAUAGAGCUGUACGAGGUGAAUCAUGCUGCAGCCGAGCAGGAGCACUUUCUGCAGAACAACAAUCACAACUACGACGGUGGCGGGGGUGGCGAUGAAGGUGGGGUCAACAAAAUGGUGCCCAAGGCGCUGCUCCGCAAAUGCAGCGCGGGUGACAGCGGCAGCAACUACAACUCCAUCCAAAAGUGGACAACAGUGGACAUUUGAGCGGAAGCUUAACCAAAUGAGCAUGAUGAUAUCAGGAUCAUAUACCAAAAACUGGAGGCUGCACCGUAACCCCAACCGCAGUCCGCCCCCAAAACGAACACAAAGACUGUUUAACUCGUAAUUAUAAUUCGUAGAUGGUGGCCCAGACUUUUGGACUGGCCACGACCAUAGGGUAGGCGGCCUUAUUGAUGCCUUUGCUAUGGAAAUAGGACAGCUAGAGAAACAUACCAGUGUCUUCGUAAUUUAUGAAAUUAAUCGUUAGAAUCGAUUAUCAUUAACUUGUAAUGCAUAAUAUUUAAUU